AUGAUAAAAAAAAAAAAAACUGGGAGAUUAUUCCCAACACAAUUUCAUUUACUUCUUCUUUUGCCAACCAGUUUCUAUCAUUUCAAUAUACCAUCAACGAAAAUGUCGAAUUUUACUAACAAAACCAGCAAAAAUCCAUUUGCUUCUGCAAUGGAAAGCUCACCACAACGAAAAAAUCUGACACAACAAUCAGAUUCUACCCCUCGCCGUCAGAAACAAGCACCACCGCCACGUCCACCAAAAGAAUUUAAUGCCCCACCACCACCAUACACCCCUUCAGAAAACUCAAAUAGCUAUCCAAAAGAGAAAGAAUCAAGAUCCACUAGUGAGCAAAGAAGCAGGGAGAGACCUAGAGACGAACACAGACAUAGAGACAGACCAAGAGAUGAGCACAGAAGUAGAGACCGUCCAAAGGAUGGAAGUGAACGACCAAGAGAUAGAGAUAGAGAAAGAGAACACAGAUCACACAGGUCUCAUCAUAAAAGCUCCAGUUCAUCCAAGAAGAAAUCUCAGCCAAAAGAAGUAGUGAAACCAAAAAACAUGGACACAAUCGAUAAAUUGGACGUUACAGGGUUUGUUGGAAUGCACCAUGACGGUCCAUUUGAUGCUUGUACCAGAUUCCGUAAUAUCAAUGAAUCCAAAUCACCUGUCAAUGCCUUCCCAAUUAACGGGCCUAAUAAUUCUAUCUCGGGUGCUGCGGCUGGUGUCGACCACUUUAACAUGGUUUUUGGAAAUUACGAUACUGAAAAUGACGCUGCUUCAAAACAAACAGUGAUGAACUUUGAUUCAAAUACCAAAGGUCCAACAGUUCAUGGUCCUACAACAGCUGGUCUUGGUACCACUACUUUUGUUGAUGGUGCACCAGCACCUAAAGCUUUAGAAAACAGUGUAAGUGCCAACUCCACUAAUAAUGGUUUAGGGAAGAAAGAAGAGUUUGGUACAAAGAUUAAGAAAUAA